AUGGCCCCCAAAAAGCAGCAGGAGGUGGAGCUGACUGAGGGACAGCAACCAAGUGGCACUCUCAAGAGGUACCUGCUGGUCUUCAACUGCAGCAUCGCCCCCGCCGCAGCCGGCCGCAUGGGUGUCCUAUCCAACCUGGACAGCAAGAACCCGGUCAUGUACCUGGAGUUCCCGGGGGGCGGCCGCCUGAAGCUGCUGGGCACGCUGCUGUUCCCCACCAAUAAGUACGUCGUGCUGCGGCUGCCGUCGCGCGGCGGCGACAAGAGUGGCGGCGUGCUGUGCGAAGACGUGUUUGAGAGCAUGAUCGUGUUUUCCGAGGCCUGGUGGGUCGGCACCAAGGAGGAGAACCCCGAGGAGCGCCGCCUGCCGCUGCCUGAGGAACUGGCGGCCGCCAAGGCCCACGAGGCGUUUGACUACGGCUACGGGGCCGGCGCCGGCGCGGACGAGGGGCCGGCCGCACCGCUGAAGAAGCGCACGGGCGGCGGCGGCGGCACGCAGGGCACGCAAGGCACGCAGACGCAGACACAGGGAGAUGGCGAGGACGCAUCGCAGCCGCUGCCGCCGUCUGCAUCGCGGCCCCAGCGCGCCGCGGCGAAGAAGCGCCGCUACACAGACGGCAGCGGCUCGGACGACGACGGCAGCGGUUCCGGCGAUGAAGGCGCGGACAGCAGCAGCGGCGGCAGCCUCAGCACUGAUCCAGGGGCGUCGCGCGGGCGCGCGCGGGGCACGCCUGCAAAGAGCCCCGCCGCCAAGAGGCACAAGGGACCCAGCCAGGCGGAGGAGGACGGGGAGGACGAAGCGCAGCCGCCGCGGCGAGGCCAGCAGAAGCCGCGCCCGGGCGCGCGUGGUGGCGGCGGUGGCGGCGGCGGCGGUGGGGCCAGGGGCAGCCGCAAGCCCAGGCGGGGCGCUGUGGACGGGGAGGGGGAGGGGGGUGCUGAUGAUGGUGAUGGUGAUGCCGACAAUGAUGAGGUGAUUCUUCUAAGCAGCGGCAGCGACGGCGAGGGCGAGGGCGGCGGCCGGCGAGUCAACAGCGCGGCGAAGCGCCCGCAGCGGCGAGCGUCGCAGCAGCAGGUGGUGGUGGUCAUUGACUCGGAAGAUGACACGCAGGGCGGCGCCGGCGGCGCAGGGCGGAAGCCGGCCGCCAAAAAAGCGGGAGGCGGCGGCGCUGCGCAGCCGCGGCAACGGGGGGCCCGCCCGGCCGCCAAGCGGCGAAAGCAGGCGGUGGUGUUGGAUGAGGAGGGCGCGGAGGACGAGGAGGAGGCGGAGGCAGCGGGGGCGGCGAGCGACGGCAGCGGCGGGGGCGGCGCUAGGCGGCGCGCGCCGGCGCGGCGGGCGGGCGCGGUGGCGGCGCAGCGGCUCAAGCAGUCGCAAGGAGGUAGUGACACGGAUGACGACGAGGGGGGCGGCAGCGGUGACAGAGGCAGCGGGGAUUCCGACGAAGAGCAAGAGGAGGAGGGGGAUGAUGACAGCGGGUCCGACUAUGUCGAUGAUGAGUGA